GCUCUAUUGACUUCAUGUUUCUACGUUUUGUACUGUUUGAUUCUAACGAGUCCUCGAGGUUCGAGACAAAUUGCAGGACUCGGAUACUUUGCUGGUUUCAUUGAGCUGAUGGGUGCACCAAGCCUAAACUCUCACACUCAAAUAUUCAUUCGGAUGUGACCAACAGACCAGCCCGGAGAUGAAAGGUCAAACGGUCUACGAUUGAAAGGAGCAUUCAAUGAAGCAUCGCCAAAUAUGAUUGUUAUCCUUUUGAUAACACGAGUCAAUGCUUUCAGCAGAGGAAAAAAUAUGUAGCAUAACAAGCACCCUGAAACUAUAUCAGGUUACACAACAAGCCGUUAGAGUGAAAUUC